AUGUACUUAGAAACCUUACUUUGGUUUAUGGUGAUAAAAAAGAUGGAAUGUAGAUCUCGAGCAAUCCCAGAACAGUUCGCAACUUUAUUGAAAUUUAUGGAACGCCAUGGCGAUAUGGCGAGGCCCCAGCAAGGGCCUCAUGGCCGAAUAAAAGCUGAUAGACUGUGGUUGGAACUGGAAGGGUUACUGAACACCACACCUGGAGGAGUAAAAAAAUCAAUGGAGAAAUGGAAAAAAGUGUGGGCGGACUGGAAAGCCAAAACAAAGAAAAAAGCCUUGACAAAACGUGGUGAGGAUUCUGGUACUGGCGGUGGUUCAAUCAGCAGACAACCCCUCAGUGCUUUUGAAGAGAGGGUGUUAGCCAUAAUGGGUUUGACUGCUGUUAUUGGUAAAGUUGGAAUUGAAGAGAGAAGUUUUGCUGCCCUACCGUCAGAGAGCAACUCUCUACCAGCACCAACCGAUCCUAUACAAAUAGUAGAUCGAGUUUGUCCAUCCCAAAUUUCUGACCCAGAUGAAACACAAGCAACAUCAUCAGCAUCUACCCCCACAUCUCCUAUUUCAAUGCAUUCUCCGCCUGGAGAAAUACCAUCACCAGCGCCAUCUCCGCCGCCCAGCACUGCGUCCCCGCCGAUGCCGUCAGCGACGUCGCCUACCCCGUCCACGCCGCGGGGAGCUCCGCAGCGGCGACGACACCACGCAAGCCCGUCGCCCACCGGCGCUUUCUUGGAUUACUUCACUUUGGGUACACACAGUUGCAGCGGGUGUGCGAUCUUGCAUAGUUAUAUUAGCCCCUUUGUCAUAUGCAGCAGGAAGUUGUUGUAG